AUGUCUUUCCGUCAAGUGUUUAAGACGCAGGCGCGCCACAUGAGCUCAAGCUCGCGCAAGUUUUUCGUGGGCGGUAACUGGAAGUGCAACGGCUCCCUGGGCCAGGCGCAAGAGCUCGUGGGAAUGCUUAACACGGCCAAGAUUCCAGUCAAUGUGGAGGUCGUUGUGGCCCCUUCGCAGGUGCACGCCGCUACCGUCAAGGCUUCGCUGCGCUCCGACGUGCGUGUCAGCGGCCAGGACGUCUGGAAGCAAGGCAACGGCGCCUUCACGGGCGAGACCUCGGCCGAAAUGCUCAAGGAUCUGGGCGCUGAGUACACUCUUGUAGGCCACAGCGAGCGCCGCGAGAAGGGCGAGACCAACGAGGUCGUAGCCAAGAAGGCUGCCUACGCUCUCGAAAAGGGCCUGGGCGUUAUUGCUUGCAUCGGUGAGACCAAGGACCACCGCGAAGCCAACCAGACCGUGGCCUACAUCACGGAGCAGCUCGACGCCUACGCCGCCGGGAUUAAUGACUGGACCAACGUCGUCAUUGCCUACGAACCCAUCUGGGCCAUCGGUACGGGUCUUACGGCCUCGCCUGAACAGGCUCAGGAGGUGCACGCCAGCAUUCGUGCCUGGCUCAAGGAGAAGGUGUCUCCUGAGGCUGCAGAGCAGACCCGCGUCAUUUACGGUGGAUCGGUCGGCGCGAAGAACGCCCCAGAGCUCUCGCAGAAGGAAGACAUUGACGGCUUCCUGGUUGGUGGUGCUUCGCUCAAGCCCGACUUCCUCCAGAUUAUCAACGCUCAGAACCCGACGGCCAACGUCGGUGGCGCUGUGAACGUUGCUAUCAACGGCUUCGGUCGU